UGAAGACGAUCCAAGGCGGCAAUCGACCGCGCUCAGUAUCGAGGUAAACGUCUCACGGGAGGCACACGGCUAUUCAGUAGUCGAAAACUUGUAAACUUUAGUUUACCAACCAAAGUAACAGUCGAGGGCUUUCAAAAUAUUUAUUCUGAAAACUGUUUUUACCAAGUUCAACAAUAUGAAGAUGUUCGCAGUUGCUUUUGCCUUUGUCGGGCUAUUGUGUCUAGCUUCUGCACAAACUAUACCAACAAAUGUUGAAGAUGCUCUGGCCAAGGUCAACCAGGUUCUCAAUAUUCCGAAUCUGAACUUGAAUCUUACCAACUUAUCUGACAUCAAAAACCUCAAUACUUCAGCCUUGCCUAUUACGGAAGCAGAAAACAAGCUUAGAGAAAAAUGUGAAAAAAAUGGCGGGGCGAAAGCAUAUGAUGUUGCCAAGCAAGCUACGUUUGAUUUUGUCAACUGCGCGAAAAAUUUGGUGAACUUUACUGUACUAAAAGAAGAAAUGGACAAAGCUAGACCUACAGGAGAUCUCGAUGAAGUUUUCAAAAAGUACUGUCGCAAGAAGCCAAUCUUGAAGAAUUGCAUCGUCAAUUACACUAAUUCAAUUGAGUCUUGCCUUGAGCCGAUAGAGCGUGAAAAUAAAAAAAUCGUACUCAACGUCACGGAAAAAAUCCUCAAUUUCGUUUGCUUCAAGGAAGGCGAUCGUAUUGCCCUAUUUAUUGCCGCCAAAGGACCCGAGUGCUUCCAGAGUAAAGGCCAAGCAAUUUUCGAAUGUGCCAAUGCUACUUAUGGAAAUGAAGCUAAAAACCUUCCUAUAAAUCCAGCAAAUGGUUUGCAAUCUUUUGAAGACAUCAAGUCACUUCCCUCGCUUGUUUUUGACGACAAAGCUUGCAGAAAUAUGGGUAAAUUUCAAACUUGCGUUGUUGAUGCGUUAGAAGGUUGCGAUGAUCCCACACCAGCAAAUUUAUUGGACUCGAUUUUCAAUUACAUAAAAAAAGUCACACCCUGCGAAAAAGUGCUCAAAUCAGCCUAGAUUUGCGGCUCUUGUUAUGUCCGAAGAUUUUGGGCACAAUUCAGCUGAGCGUUCCAUUGGCAUGUCUUUAACACUUUUUGCAGUCUUUGGGCUCUUCUAAUAUUAUAAUUUGUUUCCCUUAUGCAAUAACUGUACAAAGUUUUAACAUGUGACUGUAUAUAAAUGUCCUUUUUUUAUAUUAAAAAGACCUGUCAAAAUUAACACUUAAAGAAAGAUAAAUUUUCAUUUGUGAAGUUGUUAAUCAUCGUUCAAAAAAUAAAAUUUAUCAUUAUUGGU